CAGGGGAAGCCGUUUUUCAUUGAUAUGCCUUCUCUAAGCCAAUUUGUUGAUUGCAUGGUUGGCGCAACAUGUUUAAUUCCAGUGUAUGUAAAAUCCUUUGUAAAUCUUUCCGAGAUAUAUGUCACUGACAGUUUCAUUGACAAGUUUGAUGUCAGUUCAGUACAAUAUAUAACACACAAAGGUGAUCAGGUGUAUAAAGCUGACCUGUCCUUUGAACAUUCAAUGCAUGGAAAAGAAAAUAUCUGCUUCAAAGCAAAGGAUAUAAAUGGUGUUGAGAGCGAGAAAGUUUGUAUCACAACUCAUAUAGAACCUCCAGAUCCAUGCAUAUCAACACCAUGUAAAAAUUCAGCUGUCUGUGAAAAAGAUAAAGAAAGUGGUGGAUUUAAAUGUUUUUGCGUAACUCAAACAUCAGGGAAAACAUGCAGUAUUAGAAAAGAUCCAUGUAAACCAGAUCCAUGUUUUGGUAACAGUCAUACUCAAAUAUGUUACGGUCACGGUCAAUGCUUUUGUAAUCAGGGAUUCACAGGGGAUAAAUGCGAAAAUAAUAUAAACGAUUGCCCAGCCGAUGCAUGUAAUAGACAUGGAAGAUGUAUUGAUGGUGUCGGAACUUAUACAUGUGAAUGUUUUCAUCGUUUUAGUGGGAUCAACUGUACUGUUGAUAAAUGCCCGACACUGAGAGAUGGAAUAAUGAAUUGUCCAGCAAGAGGUUGUUCAAACCAUUCUUGUAAUGGACGAGGUGUAUGCUCUGAUGGAGGAAAAUGCUCUUGUCCCUACGGCUAUUCUGGUCAAAAUUGUGAGACACGUAAGAUUUUAGCUCUGCUAUAA